AUGCCCAACCUAGACCCGCACACCUUCACCGCCUUCGCGCGGAAGAUGGCCCCCGAGUUAGUUCUCAGAUUCAUAUCUGAGUCCCUGGUCCCCACCCCCAACUCCCACAUGGAGUGUUCUUCGGCCUCGGCCUCGGAGUCUGGUUCCCGGCCUAGCUCCGAGAGCGAAGCCGACGACGGAUUUACAACCGUCGUCUCCAAGAAAAAGAGGAAGCGUUCCUCUAAAACGCCGUCCACCUCCGCCCCCCAAUCCCCCUCAAACGCCGCGAACGCCCCCGCUGCCGCCGCCGCUAACUCUCGCCCCUCGUCCCCCUCAGGGACACAAAACCCACCCUCUCCCGCCGCGCCCGUCGCGAAGCGGCCCAAACCCGCGGUCAACUCACCGUCCGCGUCUCCCGACGCACCACCGCGGGAUAAGGCGCCUCCGCCGCUUUACCUAAAAGACAAAGAUAAGUGGGACCAUAUGUCACAACUAUUCAUAGACCUCCGAAUUCAUUUCACGUCAGCCCGGCCGACUAAAGACGGGAUUAAAAUACAGACGUCCUCAGCGGAUGACCACCGUAGGAUGACAGCCCUUCUGCGGGAGCGUGCGAACUACCGCGGGUGUCCGAAAGCCCCGCGCAGGGCAAAGCGAGGAGGGAAAAAAUCCGCUCGCCACCAAAGAGCUCCUCAAGCUCCUGCCACUCAGGCCCCUCAGGCCCCUCAGGCCCCUCAGGCCCCUAAAACACAUAAGGCCCCUCAGGCCCCCCAGGCACCGACGGUCAAUGCCUGGUUUAGGAGUAAACCCGCCGGAACAACUGUCGCCACGUCGCCGGCUGCGCCCGUACCUCCAACCGCGCAAGACAGCGGGGUCUCCAACCCCCUGCCUUCAAUCACCAAGUACUUCGGGGCGUUCGAUCCGCCCGAAUUACUCAUAUUUGCGAACAAGCUCAAGGCUUGUGAAAAUGACGACAAAGCUCGUCUAGACGCGUUUUUAGAGCACGCAGUCAUGAUUAACGCUAUCUAUAACAUCACAAGAUCAACAUAA